UCAUUUCAGUUUCUCUGUUCGACGCGCACACAAUACGGUUUACAUAUAUUUACAAUAAUUUUUUUCUUUUAUUAUAUUUCUAUUUCGCAAAGUUUUUCAGUAAUAUAUAUAAAAGAGUCACGUUUCAAAAUUAAAUCUAUUUCGCAAAGCUUUUCAGUAAUAUAUAAAAAAGAAUCGCGUAUCCAAAUUCUCUAGCGAGCAAUUUUAUAAAUCCAAAAUUAUGGCUAGAUCAUCUCAACUACUUGCGCUCCGUCGUUCGAUGAUGGGCAUAGGGAAGUUCAGUUACAAUCAUCUAAUGCGUACCCCCCAGCUCCUGAGCCCCCCCUCGAUUAAUUACAGUCGCCAGCAGGUGCGCUACAAGAGCGAAGGAAUGACCGGCCUGGUGGUUGGCGUCUAUGAGAGUGAGAACGACAAGGAUGUGAAGUUGUCGGUCGGUGCCGAGAAGUUUGAUGAUCGCGUCGGUGGUAAAUUAACAGAAUUGGUAAAAGAGUUUGGACUGAAGGGUAAAUUGGGUAUCGGACGUAUAAUCAAUAAUCUGGAUGACGAGUUCAGUUGUGUCUGCGUUGUGGGUCUGGGCAAAGAAGGCGCUGGCUACAAUCAUGAGGAGGUUCUGGAUAUGGGCAUGGAGAAUGUUCGCGUCUGCGCUGCGGUCGGGGCUAGAGCCCUGCAACAGCAAGGAUGUGACACGGUGCAUGUUGACGGCCUGGAUUAUCCGGAACAGGCUGCCGAAGGUGCUGCAUUGGCUGUGUGGCGUUACACUGUGAAUAAACGUAAGACGCAUCGCCUGCAGACUCCUAAAUUAGAACUGUAUGGUUCUGCAGAUGUUGAGGCCUGGACCCGGGGUCUUUUUAAGGCCGAAUCACAAAAUUUGGCCCGUCGCAUGACGGACACGCCAGCCAAUCAGAUGAGCCCUUCAAUAUUUUCCCAGUACACCAUGGACGCCCUCUGCCCGUGCGGUGUCACGGUCGAGCCGCGUCACUUGGACUGGAUCGAAUCGAUGAAUCUGAAUUCUUUCCUAAUGGUGGCCAAGGGUUCAUGUGAGCCACCACUUAUCCUGGAAAUCAACUACUGCGGCUCUGCGCCCGAGGAUAAGUCUAUUCUUUUGGUGGGCAAGGGAUUGACUUUCAACAGUGGCGGCCUCUGCCUAAAGCCCAAGAAAGGCAUGGAUGAAUACCGUGGCGCUAUGUCGGGAGCUGCUGUCGUCGUGGCAACCAUUCGUGCGGCUGCAGCCCUUUCGCUGCCCAUUAACAUUUCAGCGGUUGUCCCACUAUGUGAGAGUAUGCCAUCGGGCAUGGCCACGAAGCCCGGAGAUGUUGUCACCUUGCUGAAUGGUACGUCCAUGUGUGUUAAGAAUUCCGAUAAGGCUGGAAUUGUUAUGAUGGCCGACCCCUUGCUCUAUGCUCAGGCCAAUUUUAAGCCAAGGCUAGUAAUUGAUGUGGCCACAUUGACUGAUGGAGCCACUAAGGGCUUGGGAGAAAGUGCCUCUGCCCUGUUCACGACCAGCUCCUUCCUGUGGAAACAAUUCAAGAAGGCUGGCUCCAUGACGGGCGAUCGUGUAUGGCGUAUGCCUUUGUGGAAAUACUUUGAUCAUUUGGUUUCACCUGCAGCCAUUUGUGACCUCUGCAAUCAGGGGCGUGGGCCCGCCUCUGCUUGCUUGGCUGCUGCCAUUUUGCAUACGAUGGUACCCUGCUCGGACUGGGUACAUUUGGAUACCAAUGGCACUGGCAUGUUGGCAAAGCACAAUGUUCGACCGUAUCUUUUGAAGGAUGCCAUGACCGGACGUCCGACCCGUACAAUUAUACAAUUUCUCGCCCAAAUGGCCUGCAAAGAAGUUAAAUGAUAAUGUGUAUAUGUAGCGUAACCAGAGACCCAAGUUUUAGCUUGGAUCAAAAUUUUUAGUCAGAUGACACAAUCGAUAUUGUGUGUGCUGGCGCCAAAUGUAUUUUAUUAUGUAUCCAAUCUCCAAUACCAAGGAGAUGGUGGCGUGUGUUGUCAAUGUAAAUGUGAAAUGCAAUAUUUGAAAAAGCUUUAAAAAAACAAAAAACCAAACAAAGAA